AUGAGUGACCCGUUCGAUUUCCUCAACCCGAUCGCUUCGACCAAGACCCCGGCCGAGAAGGUUCUUAGUCAACCUCAUCACGCUCCGGUAGGAGUUCCUCCUGCUCCAAUGGCGCCGAUGAACGUCGGAAUGGGUAUGGGCAUGGGAAUGCCUGCUCCGCAAGGCAACAUGGGCAUGGGUAUGAACAUGAACAUGAACAUGAACAUGGGUGCUCCACCUGCUUUCAACGGUGGCGGUGUGCCCAUGAACAUGGGCGGUAUGCUGCCUCACGGUGGCAUGAUGCCUGGACAAUUUCCCGGUGCUCCUGGAAUGGGUCUCGGUAUGAACCAACCCGUGAACCCGUUUGGCCAGCCUCCGGCUCAGCAAGGUCCCAUGUACGACAACAUCAAGAAACUUUUGGAGAAGAAACCUGCUGUCGAUGAUGCGUCCAUGGACUUUUUAGAGAACCUAGGCGGUGGUGCGAAGAGUUCGAGUAAUCCCUCGAUGGAGCCUGUCCGAUCUCCUGAGCCCGUAGCUCCUGUGAAUCCGUUUGGUGCCCCUCAAGCCCCAGCUGAACUAGAUUUUAGCAUACUUGGUGGAGGUGCUCCGCCUUCUUCCGCUCCUGUCCAACCAGCGUCGCCUGCUUCCGGUACCAAAUCCAGCGCUCUUGCUAGCCGUCUUGCUCACGGAAAGCGACCAACCCAAGAGGCUGCACGCAAGAACCUCGGAUUCAACGCAGGUGCCUUUUCUGGCUCCGGUCAUGCUAAGAUUUCACUCAAGACUGUGGCGGGUGGCACCAUUUCUUCGACGUCUAACGGUGAGCCCACUCUUGACGAUUUCGUAGCUGGCAAUGCACCGUUGGCACCAGUCGAUGACAUUUUUGCGGCCACACCGACUAACCCUCCUGCGAAUCCCGCUGCAUCGAGCUCCAACGACAUCUUCUGGUAGAGGCCAACCAUCAAGGCGUGACAACUACGUUAUUAUAUCUAACAUUUCAAUCAACAAGAGCUUUUCCUAAUUACUUGUGAAAAAAAUCUACCUUCUUCAAC